UCGACGAGCGUUGUUUGUAUACGAAAAUUCAUCUCGAGUGCUUGGCGUCGCUGGCAAAGCCCGAGUGUGUCCCGAUCGAGGUAGCCUGGUUCAGGGUCAGGAUGAGUCGUACGAUGGGUGAGAAGGAGGAGCUGGUGAAGAAGGCCUUAUUUAGUUUCGUCAGGAAGCAGGUGCCCACCGCUCAACUGAGCUUAAUAGACGACAUUGUACUCCGUUACGUAGUGAGUAUGUUGGAGGAGAGCGCGCUGGAGGAGGAUCUAGACGUGGACGGACUGUGCGAGAUGGUAUCUGCCUGCCUACCCGAGUUUUCCACUAUCGAGAAGGAGGCUGUGUCCAAGUGGCUGCUCGACGUCGAGAGCAAGCUGAAACGGGAGACUAAGGAGAACGAGAACUGCCAGUCCCACAGCGAUCCGCUCAACCACAUCAGCCUGGCCGCCCUCUUGCCGGCCGGUGCGCAGAGAAUGCGGGUCCACCAUCUCUCGGAGACGAGCGACGCUGGUAGCGAUUCGAGCGGGGAAUACUUUUCCGAAGAAUCCUCCUGGCAUCAGGUGGCCGUGCUGCAAGAGAUGUUUCCGGCGGCGAGUCCUGCCGAGGCGAGGCACUGCUUAGCGGUAGCCGGGGGCGAUAUAGCGAAAGCCGCGCAGCUCGCGUUACACCGUCAAGAGGCGGGUCAGAGUAUCGUGAGCAACCUCACGUUUCUGACGCCCAACGGUCGUAACAAAGCGAGAGUGAACGACGAGGAGUUAAAGUCUCGUAUCAUAGCGCGAUACAGUUACGUCGAUAGGGACGACGAUUGCCGCGAGCACCGUCCAGUCGCGCCGAAAACGGAGCCUAAGAAGCUGGUACGGUAUCUUGACAAUAAGAUUGUAAGUGUGAAAGGUGAACGUUAUACGGAAGUACGAAGGGGCGGUGAAGAUGAGGAUGGUAACGAAGGCGGUAGGAAGAGAGGCCAUUGCCGUCCGUAACCAGUCCCUUUGCCUCCACCCCCUGAUCCACCCCCCUGGAGGCAUCUGCGAGAUUUUCGAUUGAACCUUUAACUUAGAUCAUUUCCAUCUUACUCGUAUAUAAAAGUAUAGACGAAAUAUCGAAUUUAAAGGGAAGCGUUGCAUUUUCGUUUCAUUCUUACGUAAUGCAGUCCGCACGAUUCUCGAAAUCCUCUUCGCGUAACGUUAACUUAUCGCCAUUACGUGGCUAUAGCAAUAGUGUUUUUUUUUAUGUUUCAUUUGAAUCUAUUCGCGGGUAAUCUUUUAUUGGAUAUCUUUAGUAUUUUGUUUCUCGUCGUACAGAACGUAGCUUUACAAUCGAGCGUGCAAUGGCCGUUUUAAGUGAUUAUUUAUAGUUUUAAAUAUGCAGAUUCGCGCAAAUGGUGAUCGCUAUUAGUAUCGAGAUGUAGUUACUAAUGAUUUAUGAAGAACAAUUUAUUUUAGCGUAUAACAAAUCGAUUACAAUUAAUUAUUAAGAUUAAGGCGUUUCCCGGCUUCCACAGUCAAAUAUUCUUUUAUUUACCCGUUGUUAAUUUUACAUGCAGCGAAUUCGGCAGCUUGCACUGAUUGUGAGUGUACACUAAGACUUGUUCAGAAUCUUAUAUUUACGGUCCUCUCAAGUACAUGUCUAAAAACUAUUUAGUCGAGAAACAUGAUCGGUACGAAUGCUGUACGGAUCAUUUUACUGGCUAAAAAGUAUUUCAAGGUGUAAGACAAUCCUUAAAUAUAAGAAUCGACUAUAAAUAAGCCUUGGUGCGCAUUCAGUGCGCGCUAGUGCGAGCUGCCGAAUUCGCUUAUAGUUAAGAUUGUAAAAGGGUUACAGAUCUGAGAGAUUUGGAGGGCAAUUAUUUGUGAAUCGUUAUAUAAAAAAGAAAUACAUAAGUAGGUUUUAUUAUUUAAGCGCGCUGGCUAUUGUAAACUCGGCAUUUGACUUAAUAUCCAUUCCUCUACUCUGAUAAUAGUCAUGUUACAUUUUUCAAGUUUAUUUAUUUUAUGUAGACGUAACUCUUACAUAGAAUGAUCCUUCAGAAACAGAAGAUUCUGGGAAUGUUUUUUUUUAGCAACGAUCCAUUUUUCUUUUGAAUAGAAAAUAUUUUUUCUUCCCGCAACCCGUUGUACGUAGCGAUUUUAUAUAAUUUGCAUCCAGGCCGAUUAUAUUUAAUCUGUUUUCGAGUAUUUUCAAAUCUUGCAAUAUUAUUCGAGUGCUCUGUUUCUGGUGGAACACCUGUAUAUAUAGCGUUAAAUAGAAUUAUUUAAUUGUAUUAUUACUUUGUAAAUGUGUGCGAGGAACCUUUAAUUGUACUUUUGACAUCGCGAUUGCUUUAUUUAUGUUAUGCGAAUCUUGUGGGGAAAAAAGAAACGAUUUUGUUCAGCCGCAAUGAUAGCGGCUCGAUGAGCGAACGAGAGGUGUGAUUUAUGAAAAUAUACCUGAAAUAUAUUUAGCCAAAUAGCAGCAUUGUCAUAAUAGCGAACUGAUCCUUUUUCAACUGCACAAUAGGAAAGUGUACAUUAGGCGAUAAAACGAGAAUUUUUAUCCGCACGUUUAUUCAGGAGUCCAGAAAUAAUUGUUCGACAAUUUAGUAAGUCAAUACUCUCCUAGUGAUGUAAGGGAAAAAAAACGAUUGCCGCGAGCGAAAAUGUAUAAUUAUCGUUUAUCGAAUAAUCAAAAUCGGAAGGAAUUUAAAUUGUAAAAAAAUUAUUUGACCGGUGCACAUCUACAACGCGCCCGUGUCAAAUGGAAGCAUUGAUUAUGUAAACGCUGAGAAAAUAUUGUAGAUUCGAGUAAUAUAUUGUAGUAUACGUACUUAGACGAAUGCGAAAAUAUUCGCUGUUUAGGGAUGAAGUCUGCUUAAAACCGCCAUACAAUUUGCCAGUAUUAUUAUCCUAUUAUUGCCGUUGUCGCAGACUUUUAAAGUGUAGCGCAAAUAUAAUCAUUAAAGCGUUAGGAAGUCAUGUAUAGAAUGAUGUAAGCUCGAUACUUAUCUCGGAAUUCGUAUCUCGACGAUGCUCGCUGUAGACGGAAUCUCUUCCGAACGUUGUGCAAUUGCGAGACACGGGAUUGAAAUCGAGACGUCUGUUCUGCAUUGAAUUUCCUUUUGCCGUAACAUUACAAACAGACGUAAUCGAGUUUGCAAAUCGAGCAAGUGAUUUGUACUAUACUUUCUUAAAAACAUUGUGCGAAAUAGGGGAAGAUAAGUUGUGAAGAGUCUUGCAAAAUUGUUUGUCAUCCGUUCGAGAAUUUCUAACUUCUCCUUCCUUUUUCUAAUCUUGGAUCGCUAUUCUGCGUAAUUGAUCUCUUCAGUUGAAUUUACCUCGUAAAUAUAUGAAUGUAACGUAAUCCAAAUACAAUACAUGUCUUAUAAUGGGCCGAUUCUUGCCAUGGAUGAUUACGUACGAAUCGUACUGCUAUCAAUAAUUAUGUAUUCAUCGUGGAUACAUAUUUGCUGAAAACUAAAUGUACUCCAUCGCCGAUCAAAUCCGAAUUGUACCAAUACUGUUCAUAGAUUUUUAGGAACAAUUCCAUAAAACUGCUAAAGGGACACGAUAGAAAAAAAAAGAUAGGAAGCAAGACGAAUGACAAAAUGGAUCACUUUGGUUUCAAGCGAAUUUCCCACGUGUCCUUCUGUGUUGCGUAUAAAUAAGCACUGUGGCUAUUAAUUUUUAACUCGUUAUAGAUGUGAACUCUCGAAGUUGUGUGAAAGUAAGGUGUAACGAUUGUAAUUAUAAUUGUACUUGCCUUUAAUAUACUCUAAUCACGUCAUGUCUAGAUCGCAAUUAAAAAUGUUGAUAACACGGA